GCCAAAAAGUCCAAAGCCAAAAACGCACAAAAUCAGUCAGGAGCUGCACGACACUUUGGGAGAUAUUUUCAGAAAAAUUGGUUCAAAAGAAACUACGAAGGAGGUAGGAAGUCGCUGUUUAUAACUCAGACAUUUGUAUAGGUUUGCAGAAUAUCGCUGGUUUAACAGCGUGGAAACAGUUCUUUAUAGGCUAGAUGGAUCAGCACGAGGCUAUGAUUUAACUGCAGUCUUUUCAAUCAAAAUUAAUUUUGUGGCCAAAGAGAAGUUCGUCGAGUAAAGGUUUCUGUUUUCGGCGUUCUGGAAUACGCUCUAAGCAGUUUAACAAACUCCGAGCACAUUCAUGUAUACAUUCUCUGAAAAUCGUUUUCCUUGAAAGAACCCUUUUUUGCAUUCUUCGGCUUUGGUUGCCAUUUUGUAUGCCAAUUCGAAAGAUCGUCUUUAUUCUAAGAGGUAACUCCAUAUACUGAAUUCAGCCAUUGUAAUUUGUUCCUUAUUUUUGACUCACGGAUUUUACAAAGCAAGCGAAAAUUGGGCUAUUCCAUUAAUAUCCGUAACUACCCUAUCGAGGACCUUGGAAUUCUUCAGGGGUAAGGUAAUUUUUAACCCUGGAAUUCCUCAUGGGUAAACAGGAAUUGUCCAGGGGUUGGUUAUUCUGAAUGAGAUUUCCUCAGGGGUCAGAUGUAAAAAUUGAAAUUCUUCAGUGGUAAAUGUUGAUUUGUUCAGGAGUAAAUGCUAUUAACAGGAAUUCUUCAGGGGAUCUCGUUAUCUUUUUCAAAAAUUCUUCAAGGAUAUGGUAAAGGAUUGUCCUAGAUAGGCGAAUUGCGUCUUUUAGAUGGAAUAGCCCAUUAUAAUUUGGUCAAUGAACAAUGUAUAAAUUGAAUUACUUUACCUCUUUAGGGAUUGAAUGCUCUUUAUGACUUUCAACAACAGCACAAACAUGUGGAUAUCGAUCCUUUUCUGAAGCAGACAUCAGAAUUCUUUCAAAAGUACAUUACUAGGGGUCUAAAGACGAUCGAGGAAGAAAGGAAGCAAGCCAAUUCAGGUAUUACGAAAGUCACCGAACUGUGGAAUCGCAUCAAAAAUUCGUAUCGCCGCCACUCCACAAACGUCUAUAGGACCGCAUCUACAUAUUUUUGCAUGUUUACAAUUCUAAUUUUAAACAGCCAAUCGACGUUUAAUUGUAAUUGUUACCAAGAACCGGAUUGGUUGUUCAAAAUUAGAAUUGUAAUCAUGCAAAAAUAUAUAGCCUAGGUGCGGUCGUAGACGUUUGUGGGAGUGGCGGCGAUACGAAUUUUUGAUGCGAUUCCACAGUUCGGUGACUUUCGUAAUAUAACAUUUUUGUCGAGUUUAUUCAAUUCGUUAAUUAAAAAAUUAACAGAUUGUUUCAGUGUAAACCCGACUUGUUUACCUUCGUUUAUAUUAAAAUGUCUUCACAUCUCUUUGCAUCAUAGAAAACAUUGAAUUACGAAUGACAACUUCAACAACUAUGGGUAUGUAACGUUCGUAUUUUAGCAGUAUGUGUAUGACAAGAGGAGAUUUUUGUACACUCUAAAACUCUCCUGGUUAUAAAUUUCUUGUUUAAUCUAAAAUUAACUCUGUUCGAGUAACUUAAUGUGAGUUGUACGCAUGCUCGGCAAUUGUUGCAAAAUAUAAGCAAAGUAUUUAGAAUUUCUCUUGGAAAAUUUGGUUUGUACUGUUAGUGUUUGUAUACAUCAUACUUGACCUUUACUGAUACUUAAAAUCUCCUCAAGAAUGAGAGAAUGUUUGCUGUGAAGUGUGGGCCUGCGGUUGAUAUCUUUAAAACUGGACUAAAGGUUUAAAUUUCCUUGGCAUUGGAUUAUUGACGUUGCUCUCAUAUACUAUUUUUUGUGCCUUAAAUUAAUUUAUACUCUCCUGUCACAAUUUAUGGUAUACGUAGUGUUAGAUCCACACUUCGCAGCAAACAUUCUCUCGUCCUUGAGGAGAUUAUAUUUAUCAUGAAUACCGACAGUAUAAAAGGUCAAGUACGAUGUAUACAAAUACUAACAGUACAAGUUGAAGCGCCUUCGCUCGAAACGUCGAAGUUCUCCUUGUAUUUUUCAGGCAGUUGUAUCCAUAUCAAUCCGAAGCUUUCGUACAUAUUUACCCCAGAAGUUUUAGUUGUUUUCAAUUGAUUUCAGUAUAAAAAGUAUCAAAUGUUCGACGAGAAAUUCUAUAUACUUUGUUUAUAUUUUGCAACAGUGGCCGAGCAUGCGCACAACUCACGUUGGAAAUGCAACCUGCGAACGGGCAUGCUCGGGGAACGAGAUUGGUACCACCUGUACUUAGACCAUCGAGAGGAAUGGAUUGGGAAUGCCAAUGCAAAAACUGUUGUCAUUCGCGACAUCCGCGUUAUGGCCUAUGACCCUGCGAAAACUACAGUGCGAACCAUGAUAUUAAUUACUUAUGAGAUUUGGGCAUUAUGUCUUCGAAUUAGGAGGGUAAAACAUAAAUACAAGUGAAAUUUUUUUUGUUUAUAGUGGAAACAUCGUUGCAAUGUUUACAUUUCCUAUUAGUCACGUGAUUACAAAAUCCAGGGGUUCCUCUAUAAAAGAGGUGGUCCACGGUAUUAAUUUCAUAAAUCAUCCGGCAAUAUGGGACGUAGGAAAGACUUAGCAGAAGCCGAGAAAGCCGCUAUUAUAAAAGAUAUUGCAAAGGGCAAAACAACCAAAUCAAUUGCUGAAAGAAUAUAUCGCCAUGUGGUCACAGUGACAAGAUUUUUGCAAAAUCCCUCAAAGAGGAAACCUCCUUCUGAUCGCGGCGUUAGAAAAUCAGUGUCAAAGCGGGAUAUGUAUAUUGCCUGAGAAGAAACUUACGUAAAAUGCCAGGAGCAACAAGUAAAAGAAUCUUUAAAGAAUCAGGUCUGCCAGAUGUACCAAAACCCACCCGAAAUUGUAUCCUUGGGAAGCUAGGUUCCGUCAAGACUAUGAUUAAAAGGCCUUCCUUGACAUCUAGGCACAAACGUUUGCGGAUGGAAUGGCCAAGAAAGUAUAUGAAGACAGACAUGAAGUUUCUUCUUUUACUGACGGGUCAAGAGCGUCACUAGAUGGUCCUGAUGGCUGGGCUAAAGGAUGUGUUUUCAAUGGAGAUAAUUGUCCUAACAGGAUGAGGCGUCAACAAGGUGGUGGUGGGGUUAUGAUUUCGGGCGGAAUCAUUCGAAAUGCUAUCAUUGGUCCCUUCCGCGUUCCUGAAGGUCUAAAGUUGUCCUCAGUCAAGUAUUACCCGUUCCUGAAAAAUUCACUUGAGCCAUGGUUGGAUAAACUUCCUAUGGCAACAUUGAAGAUUAUCUUUAUGCAUGAUAAUGCACUGUCCCAUGCAGCAAAGGCAACAACGCAAUUUCUUCACUCACUUGGAUUUAUGAAUGAAACCCUGAUGGUUUGGCCUCCAAACUCACCAGAUUUAAACCCAAUAGAGAACUUGUGGUCAAUAAUAAAUCGUCAUGUUUAUGCGAAUGGCAAGCAGUACUCAUGAAAAGAUGAUCUGUGGAUGGCCAUCAAAGAAUCAGCAGCCACCAUCCCUAAGUCCACCAUCGAGAAACUGACUGAUUCAGUGAAUGACAGACUUUUUGAAGACAUCAAACGUCACGGGGCCCAUGUUAAUAAAUAAACUUUUUCUAUGAUUUGUAUUUUUACGUUUGCCAACUUCAUCAACGCGUAUAUUUCUAAAAAUCUGUAUUUGAAUUUAUAAAAACUUGAAAAACUUAAAUAUCAAUAAAAAUUUGACACUGCUUAUUGUUUAUUUGUUUUGAACGCUGUCAACGUGGUUUUUCUGAAAUAUAACUAAUAUCGUGGUUCAGUAAAAAAAAGCACAUAAUAUAUAAAACCCUCACAGUUUUUAUAGUAUUUAUAUUUGAUAAAUUGAGCAGUUGUAUAGAGUUUUCAGCCAAUAUUUCGUAAAUUCAAUAAAUUUUUAUGACAAUUUGCGUUUGAACCCUGUAACGUCUGAACCCGUUUGAACGUUUAACCCUGUAAUUUAAGAGGAGUAUUCUUAACCCCCAAACAAUAUGUCUACGAAACAAAAAUAUAAGUUUCUUUGUUCAUCUUGCCAUGGAUAUAAUAACGAUUUAUUUAUAUGUAGGUGAUCCUUCAUAUUUCCGUGAUCGACUCCUUGUACUGCAGAAGAAGUACGGAAAUAUUCAAACAAAAGAGGUAAAUGGUAAAUGUGCAUGCAAAUUAUGAAUGUAUAGCGAUAAACGUUAUGUUGAUAUCUUAAGUUAAUAAAAGAAAUAAAGUCAAAAUUUUCCCAUUAGUAGAGCUCUUUUCUACAAAUAUCAUAAUUUCUAGUCCUCCAUGGGAGCAAAACACAUCAGUACUCGGCUAAGCGAGAGUUUCACCCUAGUAAUGGGAAUGGCAGUUUUUACGAGCCACUUCUUUUGGGAAGUUCACAAAUUAUGCAUUAUGGUAAAUUCACAGCCUGUGAAAUCUUGUAAAUAAAAUAGUGUGCAACACGCUUGUCAAACUCUUUUAAAGACAUUCUAAACACUAAAGUUUUUUUGGGGGAACGUAGAGGGCUCUGAAAGCUGGAAGCUAAAUUUAUAAAAGAUCGUGAAGACAUCUUUGCAUGCUUAUAAAAUGUAUUGUACUAAGGAAAUACAAUUGACCAAUCAAAUACGAUUUUGACUGUAAGCUUGUAUUGUGGUUGGCUAAAACAGUCGUAGUUAAUUGUAAGUUUUGCCUCUCAUCAGAUUCAUCUUUCAUUAAUUUCAUUUUAAGCCGGAUGAGCCUGUGGAAGAAGACGCAUCAGAUAAGGUAUUGGUUAACACACCUUCCUCGACACCAAGUACUUUGGCUACUGUGGACCAUAAUCUUGUUUUACCAUCAAUUGUAAGUAUUUUUUAUUUUCGACAUGGUCUGCGAGCAGUACCAUGCAUGACACCCACGGGAUACACUUGUCUUAAUUUUUUGCCUUCGAAUUAUAAUUGCGCACACUGGAUAUCUAUACUAUCUAAUAAAUUCCUCAUAGAAUUAAAUGAGAGAGUUCAAUAGAGCGUUUACACUCAUUCCUUAGGGACCAACUUAACAAAAGCCAUAGCGGCCAUGUUGGUGUUCCGGACAAAGGAGUCUAAUUAAAAUUCUUUUGAAUUGGAACACCAACAUGGCGGCUGUGACGUCAUGUGCGUUUAAACGCUCUAUACAUUUCAUGAGAUUAAAUUUAAUACACUUAACCACGUAUCCAAUAUAAUUCGAUAUCCAUUUACUCAUGAAUAUAUUAAAGAUGUGAUAUUGUGUAUGUGGAUAUUUCUAUGGUAGGUGGGAAAUGUUUUUGAGUGAAUGAAUCGAACCCAAAACCUUCGAAAUGGUUACUCGAUGCUCUUCCAACUGCCCCACAUGGUCAAGUUCUGCGAAAUUCGGUGUAUUUAACAAUAGCGCAAGGAUAUUCACCGAAACGCUAAGCGGUGAGGUGAAUAUCCUUGCACCAUUCACCGACAAUGAGGUGAAUAAUUGUUUUAGCAUGUACCACUUCAAAACAAAAGUGACUAUAAAAAACAAUGGAAAUAUUUUAAAUAUAAAACAAUUUGUAUAUCAGCUCCCGUAACAGUUGUAAAUAAAACAGUAUUUACACGCUUUUAGUAAUUUUAUUAGAAAUAUCUUUAAAGAAUACCUCUACAUACUUUUAAACAAAACUUUGUGGCUUUCUUCGUGUUUGGCAAAACCGCAGCUUCGUUUAGUACAAAAAUGUUCUCGUCUACAGCGGGAACAAAACGGGAAGACAUUUUGUUUUGUCCGUAGGUGAAUCAAAUUGCGUGAAAAGUACUAUCCACCUCAGGAGUAUAUGCUAAAAUUCAGCCAGCCACCUUUGGAUUCCUUCCGUCAAGAACAUAUUCUAUACCUAUUCUCAUAUUUACUUUCUCUAGCCAAAGACUAGUAGCGAGGAGACGCCCAACACCAUUGAUAAACCAACCGAAAGUUCUACAGACUUGACGGAAUUGCGAAAACGUUUAGAGAGAAUCAAGAAAAAAGCAAUAUAGAUAUGCAAGAAGUUAAAUAGGUUAUUGUAUCGUUCGUCUGUUCUGUUCUUGUUGUUAACAAAUGAAAAUAUAUUAGUAUAUUAAAGUGGUGAUAUAAAAUGUGUAUUACGAUCUUCAUGUACUGUUCGAAACAUGCAUGGUCC